UUGGGGAUUAGCAGAUGCAAACUGGUAUACAGAGAAUGGACAAACAAUAAGGUCCCACUGUGUAGCACAGGGAACUAUAUUCAAUAUCCUGCAAUAAACCAUAAUAGAGGAGAUGCCGCCGUUAGCCCUGCAGCCACCGCGGAGCUGAUACUGCUCUGAGCCAGCCAGCCGCCGGGAGUGGGGUGGCAGUGCAAACAUGAAUGUUGGAGCUGCCCACAGUGAGGUGAAUCCAAAUACCCAUGUAAUGAACAGCCGGGGUAUGUGGCUGACAUAUGCUUUGGGAGUUGGCUUGCUUCAUAUCGUUUUACUCAGUGUUUUACCCUUCUUCAGUGUUCCUGUUGCUUGGACCUUAACAAAUGUUAUACAUAAUCUGGGCAUGUAUGUAUUUCUGCAUGCAGUAAAAGGAACACCAUUUGAAACUCCUGACCAGGGUAAAGCGAGGCUCCUAACUCAUUGGGAACAACUGGACUAUGGAGUACAGUUUACAUCUUCAAGGAAGUUUUUCACAAUUUCUCCAAUAAUUCUAUAUUUUCUGGCAAGUUUCUAUAUGAAGUAUGAUCCAACUCACUUCAUCUUAAACACAGCUUGUCUCCUGAGCGUGCUAAUUCCCAAAAUGCCACAGCUACAUGGUGUUCGGAUCUUUGGAAUUAAUAAGUAUUGA